AAAAAAAAAAAAGAAAAAAGAAGAGAAAAAAAAAAACUAACAUCCUUUUGUACAAAUCUCUCUAUUUCUCAAUUCUGAGAUUGGCUUCUCACAGAGCUCCCUUCAGUCUCACACACCCAAAAAGGUUCGAAGUUUUCUCGGUGAGUUUUCUCGGGAAAAAAUCGGAAUUGGCGGGAAAAGGCUGUUGAUUCUGAGGUUUCAGAGGAUUCGGUGAAGUGGGUCGUGAUUAUUUUGGAAUAGUAUAUUAGAAUUUUGAGUGAAUUUUGAAGCUUUGUGAUGGCAAACCCAUCUGGGACCCAUCAAGAACCGGGUCACGCCUCGUCUUCAUUCAACGGCGGGGGCAACCCGAGCAACGGAAGUGUUGCUCCGGCGUCGGAGAAUUCUGGUCCUCCGGCGGGGGCGGUUGCGACGGCCACGGCGAUGAAACACAACCCGGGUAUUGCAAUGGAUUGGACACCCGAGGAGCAAUCGGUUCUUGAAGAAGGGCUCAACGCAUAUAGCUCCGAUUCUAACAUAAUUCGGUAUGCAAAGAUUGCUAUGCAAUUACAAAAUAAGACAGUUCGGGAUGUGGCAUUGCGGUGCAGAUGGAUGAGUAAAAAGGAAAAUAGCAAGAGAAGGAAAGAAGACCAUAAUUUGUCAAGGAAAAGCAAAGAUAAAAAGGAAAAAGUCACUGAACCUUCAGCAAAGUCAUCUCAUUUAGCAUCCCGAACCAAUGUUCCACCAUAUGCUAUGCCCAUGAUUCCUAUGGACAAUGAUGAUGGCAUAUCAUACAAAGCCAUUGGUGGUUCUACUGGACAGCUUCUUGAGCAAAAUGCACAAGCUUUCAAUCAAAUUUCUGCAAAUCUUGCCUCUCUACAGAUACAAGACAACAUCAGUCUUUUCUGCCAAGCUCGUGACAAUAUCCAGGCCAUCUUGAAUGACUUGAAUGACAUGCCAGAAGUAAUGCGGCAGAUGCCGCCUCUUCCUGUGAAGAUAAACGAAGAUCUGGUCAACUCCAUCCUUCCCCGCGCAUCCCACCCGGCCCUCCCAAGGCAGCCAUGAGCUUAGGAAGAGUAGUAACCAUGAACCCCACCUCAAGGGCCUCCCUCAUACAUUUUGCUGCUCUGCUUCUAUUGGGAUUUUAUCUAAUCAAAUCCCUUUUCUCUCCAUGCUAAGGAAAAACUGUGGACUCAAGAUGAUCAUCAGCCACUUCCCAACUGAAAAUUCUAGUGAUCCAUUUAUGGGAAAGUGGCAUGGUCAUUUUUUUUUCUCACUUCCUUUAUAUUUUCUUGGUGUUUUUCAUUGGAUCAGUCUCUGUAGUGUAUGGUACAGGGUGGUUUAUAGACCGUGCAGAGAUUGUGGGGGAUGAAGAGUAAUAAUGAAUGUUUUGAUGUUACCAAUUUACUUCUCUGUAUUGAUGUAAUUAGGGCUUUUGAUCUCCAUUGGCUUCAUAUUUUCCGGGAUUGGCACUGAUUGGUUACCAGGAAAAUGAGACCAGUUUGGCUUGCAGGUGAAACUUGGAUGAUGGAGUUGAAACAAUUGAUGGGUAUUUGAUUUGAACUACAAGACUUUUCUCUUGACUGGGGCCUGGGAAAAUAUUGAAAUGAGAUGAUUCAUAGCAUCCAUGAAUCUGAUUGGACUAUUUAUUGCU